GCUUUCCCUGCCACACUUGCCACAAGGAAUUAGUUACCAAUACAAAAAGCAGCCCUAAAAUGUCACAGGCGAGCUUUUUUCCAUGAGUCUCAAGCGUAGUGACAUGAUUCACAAAGCAAACAAGACAUUUGUUGCACUUUGCUGGGCUUCAGCCCUUAUUUUAACAUGUGUUUUGAUGGUCGACUGUUAUCGUCUGAGGAAGGCAGACAGGAGACAAGAUGAUCCAGAGGCCAAAGCUGCAGGCCUCAGACGAGGCAAGAUUGUAUUCGGGGAUGUUCUGGGAGGGGAUUCUCUGGUGAUGAACACCAAGAAAUCAAACGCGUCUGUGGAGGAUGACAUGUUUUAUCAAGCUGAUGUUCCUGCACCAACACAACAGACAACUUCUCAGGAAGCCUUCUGGAGGCUUAUGAGCUCGCUACAUUGCGCUGGUGACCAGAUGAAGCUCAGGGUUAAUGUACCAGGGCUUAGCCACUUGAGUGUGCAGAAAGCUAAUGGAUAUCCAUUGCCUUUGUCCCUCGUGCCUUCAACUUGUGGCUACAACAUACGCUGGAAUUCUCUUGGAUUCCUCAUGUAUGUCCCUUUUGGUGGCUGCUAUAUGCUUCAACAGGGUGGAAGUUUCGUGCUGCCAAUGCUUUGGAAGGAACUUCCUGUCUCUCUCUGGUGCCCCAAACCACCCACGACAACUGCUGCCCCAAAGGUAACCACUGCACUACCGUCGGAUCCAAAUGAUUCCAAUGCCCGAGUCCCUGCUACGCUGCCUCAGACCACCAAUUUGCCCACUUGGCCCAAGGAUCAGGUUUUACCCCGUGGCUUUCACAGCCAUAAAUUACCCACUGAUGCACAGAUCCAAAUCCUCCCCCCUGGGUCUCAGUUUCCCUUUCCCUCUGGAUCUAAGAACCCCAAGAUUCCCUCUGAGCCCCCGGUCCAAAUCCUCCCUGCUGGGUCUCUGUUUCCCUUUCCCUCUGGACCUAAGAACCCCAAGAUUCCCUCUGAGCCCCCGGUCCAAAUCCUCCCUGCUGGGUCUCUGUUUCCCUUUCCCUCUGGACCUAAGAACCCCACGUUUUCCUCUGAGCCCCAAGCCCAAAUUCUACCCCCUGGGUCUCGGGUUCCUUGGAGUCACAUAAUGCCCCAGUUCCCUGGGUACCCAGUGGGCCUCCCAGCACCUCAGAACCUCUAUGCACCUCGACAAUACUUGCCACAAGUGAGUCGGUACCCACUCGUAAAUCCCUACGUCUGGCAUUUCCCAGUACAUCAGCCACUAACUGGGAAGCAAACACUGGGCCAAAAAGAAGGAAAAGGAAUGCAGCCAAGUAGUCCCCAUUUUCCCUGGCCGUAUCCUUAUUACCCUCCACAGCCGACUGCAAACCCAGCAGAGACCACAACUGCAGCACCAUCCCAAUUCCCCCCAAAGCUAAUGCCCGCUUAUCAGGACCUCAUGGCUGCAAUGCUUGCUGCUAGCUGAAAGUUGCUCCAAUAAAUUGCUGAAUAAAUAAGAUGUCUAUGUUGAUUUCAUUUGAAUCACAUAUUGUAUAUCUUGGUAACUAAGCAAUUACUGAAAUGGCUAUGAUCAAAUUUUGAUGUCAUACUAAAGAGCAAAAAUUGCCAAACUGUCAUGUUACCAGAAUAAACACAGCAUACUCUGUUA